CCAAAAUCGUGAAGAGAGAUAUAGGAUCUAACGACAAGCACGAUGCAAGUGCGAAACAUAAUACGACAAGAAGAAAUACGUUUGCCAACUGGAGCUCGAUGUAAACUAAGUUACAAAUGGCGUUUACUUACCGAAACCGGACAAAUUCAUGCUAAGAAGCUAAGAAUAUGCAUAGCCGGUUGAAGGCAACCCUUCGAGAACCAGUCCAAACGAUCUCCUUAGCUCCAUGUUUCGAAUUCACAUAAAGACAUACAUCACAUCUACACGCUUCGUCGUGAACAUACAUGGUCAAAUUUUCUCUGUGACGCGAAUGUAUUGCGGUUCGACGAUUCUUUACAAGGUUUCCAUCCUGCCGGCAAACGCGUCUUCCAGCAGAUUCUCGUCGGUUUCGGAGUUCGAUUCCAUUCCAUUCCGUCCGUAUUCUUCUGUUGGAAGAAUCCCUACGAUGGACGAGCUCUACCCGACGCUGCAGUGCACCAUUAACUAACGUGGCGUUGCUAUUCGUGUAAAAAUCUUCAGCAGGGCAAAGGUUUCCAGAGGGUCGCCUUUUCUGGAAGCUUCGCGUCUUCUUUCGAUUGACCACAAAUGUUAUAAACCCAUUGGCGAGGAAAACGCGAUGGGAUAGCAGAAAUUACUUUGGUAAUAGAGGAAUCUCGUCGUAAAGAUGGCGAAUUCUCUGCUGGGUAGGUACAAUUUUGAUCGUUCGAAGCUAUCAGCUUUUGUUCAUUGUACAAGAUUGCUUUCUUCGGACUCCUUGGUUGAGUUCAAGCCAGGGGAGAUUGGCAUGGUAUCCGGUAUUCCUGAAGAGCAUAUCCGUCGUCGGGUUAUAAUCUACUCACCUGCUAGAACCGCUACACAGCAAGGCUCAGGGAAAGUCGGGAAAUGGAAAAUUAAUUUUCUCUCCACACACAAGUGGGAAAAUCCCUUGAUGGGAUGGACAUCCACAGGAGACCCAUAUGCUAAUGUCGGUGAUGCAGCCCUUAGUUUUGAUAGUGCAGAAGCUGCAAUGAGGUUUGCUGAAAAGCAUGGCUGGCAAUACGAGGUUAAGAAGCGCCAGACACCAAUUCUUAAGCCAAAGUCCUAUGCGGACAACUUCAAAUGGAAAGGACCACCGAAAGCUGAAGAAAAUUAAUUUGGAGCUGGUAGAGGAAGAAAGGUGUUAUGGGAGAGAGAAGUGUGAGAAUCUAAUAUUUGAUAUAUAAGAAUUUAUGUGUGUAUAUAUAUUUUUUCUUCCUUCUGAAGGAGAAUUUUAUAGUUGUGUAUAGAAUAUGUGAAUUCCAGUUCUUUUGCAUUUUUUUUUUUUUUUCAAGAAUAGAGAUUUGGAUCUCUUAACUUUUGAUUAAUUAUAUAACGUGUGAGCAUACUUUAACUGAGUAA